CAAUAUGCUUGUCAAAACUUUAUUCCAUGGGAUGAGGAUCCGAAAAUAUUUUGCACAAAUCGUCAGACACUUCCUUAUGUCCAGAUAUUCAACUAUCGACAGCAAAGCUGGAAUAACGUUUUACAAAAUGUGUUGUCAGAGUAAAGAAUGUUUCAGUCGAUUUCCAUUCACACCAUUUAACCGAUUUGGAACGCCCGAAACUUCUCAGGAACUUGAAAGUCAGAAUUUCGCUCGUUCCGACAUAAGCCAUCUUGACGAUUUCGUUCGUAAUACUGUCGUCUCACUAUUAUUUGCAUCAGUUAUAUAUUUGAUCUAUCAUUUGCUUGUCAUACGACCAAAUGUUGUGAGAGAAUGGUCUGACUCUGCAGAAAGUGUAGAUCGAAUAUUAUUGAUGAUGGCUGAAAAACCGCCGAUGAAAAUUGUCAAGUUGGGACAUAAGGAUUCAGGAGGUUUCCCCAUCAGUGGGCAACAUUCCUUACUGGACUACUGUAGAGUAUUGGCCGCCCGUUCUUGUCGAGACCACAAUCUUCGAGAAAGUCAGCUGGUUGAUCCGAAUAUUGUUCGAACGAGAAUUCUUCGAAAUGAUCUCCGACUUGCGCGUGCAGCCAGAGAAAUUAAUUUUGUUCGAUGGAAAAUUGCAUAUAAUCGAUUGAAAAGAAACAAAAGAUAUGUGAAAGUCGGUUCAAGAUGGAUUUAUGUAUCGAAGAGUAUGGAGAGAAAAGAAUUUUUGGAAGCAAACUACAAAAAGCAACAAAUUGAAGCAUUGCAAAGCUAUCUAGGUGCACAGAAAAUGCACAUGAAGUUAGCGACCAAACAUCAUUUUGACUCGAAAUACGUAGGAGAACUCGAUAAAUAUGACAUCACUCAUUUGAUGAAUCUAUGCAAGAAAACUGAAGAUAUGUACAUGAUAUUUUUUAAAUCAACUGGUCUUGGACACGAGCUUUAGCAGGUGCUGAAACCGAUUGGGCAUGUUCCACACAAAUCAGUCUUCGAAGCAUUAUUCUACCACGGACCGUACUUUUAUCCCUGGCAGCCAAACGAUUUGAUUUCAUUAUUUGAUGAUGCUAAAGAAUUAUUCCUUCAUGAUAAUAUUUGUUUGUCACUUUCACUUCCAAUUGUCAUUAUUGGAGAGAUUAGAGACAGAUACGCCGACCUCCACCGCUGGCUACAAAUAGUUGGACUACCAUAUCGUCGGAAACUAUUAUUUCUGGGAGGAUACAUUGAACGUGGAUCUAGUAAUUUUGAAGAAUAUUCAGUGGAAUGUCUUUCUCUAAUCGCUUCACUCAAAAUUGCCUAUCCAAGGCAUGUAUUCAUGUUGAGAGGAUCUGCUGAAACUGCUUUCUCUUUUGCACCAAGAUUCAACGUUACUCUGGAUAAUGCUGUAUUCAGAGCUGCUCGUCAAAUGUGCAACUGUAUGCCAUUACUCGCACUUAUCUAAAAACAAUAUUUGACGGUUUCAAGUGGUAUCUCACCUCAUAUGAUCUAUGAUCCAUUCGAAAUCAAUUCACUCGAAAGACCUCUGAUUCCUGACAACUUACCAUUGAAUGUUAAAUAUAUUUUGUUUGGACAACCAUCUUCGACAAUGGCAAUAUUCGAUCACAAUUCAGAAAAAUCGACAUUUCGUUACGGUCUUCAAGCAGUUGAGGAUGUGUGCCGGAAAAAUGGGCUCAAGGCAAUUAUAAGAUCCCGCAACAAGUUGACAGUUAAUCCAUUUUUCUUGAGAAAUCAGAAAUUGAUCACGCUCAGCAGUUGUCCUUCUUCUUACUCUCAGGGAGUGGCCAUGAUGAUAGACGAGGGACUUGGAUGGAUGCUUUUCAAAUUGAAAUACCAAACAGAUGUAGUGAUUGCUGGAAGAGAGGACAGUGUUUCCGUGGAAAAUGAGCA